UUCAUUUUAUCCUUUUAAGCAGUUUUAUUCCAAACCCUAAGGUUUCUCUCAUCUACCAAAGCCGAUUCUAGGUUUUCACUCUCACUCAGUCUCACCACCACAUUUGCCAGCCGGGUCGGAUCUGGUUCAGGUUUAACAAGAUGUAUUCGACAAAGAAGAAGAUUCACAAGGAUAAGGAUGCUGAGCCAACUGAAUUUGAGGAGUCAGUAGCACAGGCAAUUUUUGAUUUGGAGAACACAAAUCAGGAGCUGAAAAGUGACCUGAAGGAUCUAUACAUAAAUUCCGCUGUCCAAGUUGAUGUCUCUGGGAGCAGGAAGGCUGUUGUCAUUCAUGUUCCAUAUAGAUUAAGGAAAGCCUUCCGCAAGAUCCAUGUUAGGCUUGUUAGAGAGCUUGAGAAGAAGUUUAGUGGCAAGGAUGUUAUCUUUACUGCCACGAGGAGGAUAGUGCGGCCACCAAAGAAAGGUUCUGCAGCUCAGAGGCCCCGUACCCGCACCCUCACUGCUGUGCAUGAGGCAAUGCUGGAGGAUGUUGUAUUGCCUGCUGAGAUUAUUGGAAAGCGAAUCCGAUACCGAGUUGAUGGAUCUAAGAUAAUGAAGGUUUUCUUGGAUCCUAAGGAACGGAACAAUACUGAGUACAAACUGGAGAGUUUCACUGCAGUUUACCGAAAGCUUUCAGGAAAGGAUGUUGUGUUUGAGUAUCCAGUAACUGAGGCAUAGAAUCCUUAUGUGAUGGAACUUUAAGAUAUUCUCCCUAUCUAAAAGAACUACAUUUUAGUGGGCGUACGCUUCAAAAUUUUGAUUUGGAGUUAGUAGUGAAAGUUUUCCAAUGGACUUUGUUUUUGUUCUAGUGGACGAGAUCAGUGGUCAAUUUUAUUUUUUGACGUAGGGUUCUGAUAUUUUGGAAUGCAAGUCAGCGUUAUGAAGCUUUUUUUAUUUA